AAUGAUACUAGUUUAAGUUAUAAGACUAUGUAUAUUUUGCAGUAUGCUUUUUCUGUAAAAUGAUACAGGUACUCUUACAGUCAGGGAGGAUACAGUUCUCCGAUACCAAGAUGUCACAACAUUUGGUUCAAUAAAACGAACACUCUAUUUGUCUUUGAAAUGAGGGAGUAUGACAUGAUAGCAGAUGCGAGAGAUUGCGCUCUUCUUGUUUUGAUAAUAUUUUGAAUCAAUCAAGACAUGUGUUGGCCAUCACCAAAAUUGCAUUUUUUUGCUAAAAUCUCUUGAAUGCUGUUUUUUUUCCCUUUGGUAAAUCUGAUUAUUUUCUUCCGAAAAAUCCAAUGUUGGCGUUUUCAGAUGGCGCUUGCUUUUAGUUUAUUACACAGUGCCAGUUUGCGGUGUUAAGUCGAUAUGGAGACCCAGACUGGCUCGUUAGGAGGGUUUUGUUCUCACUGUUUUAAUUGAUGUCUUUUAAUGUGGGGGCUAUUCUUGGAAUCAGAGAACUGUGUCCUACUGUAUAUCUGUAGUAACGGGAGACCUCACUACAGAAAUAUUUUGUGCCAACCAGGACAGUUGGACCAUGUGGACGGUAGCAAAUGAAAUGUUGUGUUUUUCUAUGAUAAAGUCAUAUUUACUGACGUUUACUCUAAUGCCCUUUCAUUGUAUAGACUUUUGGCACUUUCAUGCAGUGUUUUAACAGUUAUGUUUUCUAUUGCCUGUGUUUGACUUAUCGCAAUUUCUCCAAAUACUUUCUUUGGUAACAAAUAUUUUAAUAUAAAUCAUCUAUACUGCGAAGGCAAAAAUUUUUUUUUUAGCUCGCUAUUCUUUGCACUGUGGCACAUUGUGCUAAGCGUUAGGAAUACGCUCGCAUCUGCACCUAUGAUUACCCUUUGUGUGUUCGAAUCCUAAGGAGAAUAAUUAUGUGCAAAAGGAUUGCUGGCAUUUACAAAUUAGAUCUUUAUCAAUUGACAAAGAUUCUUUCAACUCAAUUUGUUGCAUCUGACAAAGUAUACCCCUCUUUAAAAUGUAAAAGUAUUAUUCUGUAUCAAACAUAGCAAUUUUUUGUAGCUUGAAACAUUUUGUAAACCCUCAAGACGCUUGUAAACCCACUCAACCACUCUCCGGACCCGCUAGCUGUUACAGCCCAACUUAGAAAUUUCAGAAUUCCCCGCCCCUCAUUGAAAAUUCCUAGCGACGUCCCUGCUGUAGUCUAGAGACUUCAACGGUGUUUUUCAUUUGCUGUUAACUUAUAAAUCUUGUUUUACAGAUUUUCCUAAAAAUGUCAUUUUUCACUAAGAAACUAAAACCUCUUCCGCCCCAACAGCCAGCCUCUUAUAAUGAAAGUAGGAACAAUGAUUUGGAAGAAGAUGGCUUCGUUCUUGUAGGAGAAACAGAAGAUGAAAGAAAUGCGAUAACUCCUGACAGAAGAGACCAAGAUUUGCCUCCAAUGUAUCAGUUCUCAGAGAAUGAACGAGAUUUCAACCCAUCACAACGGACUUAUUCGUCCCCGCCAACAUACGAAAACACACCAUUGAGAAACAAUCUACAUCAAUCACAAGGUGGCACUAGAGGACAAUUGAAUAGCCAAACCAGCACCUCAAGUCUUCAUGGACAGAAUCCGACAGCUAAAUCACCUCUUCAUGAUAUACCGUUUAAAAUAGACGAUUCCGUGGCUUGCGCUUUUAAUUAUGGACAAUUUAAUGUUGAUAUUGGUGAUGAAUUUUCAUGGUCCACCGCACAAUAUCAUUAUGACUUCACAACAGAACGUUCUGUGGUUCAACAAAGCGAACCAUUAUGAUACAUAAUACUCUCUCAAGUUUAUUAUUAUUACAUUUUACAAAGAUAUUAUUAUAUUUUCGUUCGUUCACCAUUUCAAUCUGUAAAUUCCAAUCUAGCUUUUUUCCUGACUUGAAUUGUUUUGUGUCUGCUAUCAUCUCUGUUGCAAGAAUUAACUGAUAUACAGAUGGAGAAACUGUGUGGUCAAUACUUCUACAAUUUAGUACCUAAGGCUCUCGGAGAGAGGGCAAAAAACUUUUUUAGAAGUUUGAGUCAUAAAAUACUAUGCUAGUCAACAUGAAAGAAAAA